GGGCACCACGGGCUGGGGCCCAGGGAGGCUAGUGUGGUUGUGGGCCAGGGGAGGGCACCGGUGCGCUGAUGUGGCCACAGAGCGGGAGGAGGGGAAGGUGGAGGAGGGGAGACCACCUCGUGGUGAUAGAAGGUGCAGGAGGGGGAGGAGCAGCUGGGAGAAAUUACACUUAUUGGUGGGAGAAGGGGACCUGGUAGAGGGACCAAUGGUGGGGAGGAGGGAGUGGUUUGGACCAGAGGAUCAGGUAGGGACGCGGUGGGGGGAGGCGGGUAAUGAGUGGAGGAGGGAGGGGCUAAUGGGAAAGGAACAGGACUGUGAAGCCAGGGUAGGGGAGGCAGGCAACUCCCCCUCCACCCCCGCACAGGUUGAUAAUGACUAGCACCCUCCCUUCUCUUCCCUCCAGCUCUGCUCUUUGGCCCCCUGUUGGCCUCAGCUGUGGAGCUGGGUCAUUGAGUGGGAGGGGCAGGGAGCAGGCUGCCGCUUGCUGAGGCAGAGUCUGCCUGGGAUGGGAGCAGGAGUGGGAAGGGGUUUCUCUAUCCCUCGGGGAAAGCAAGAGGCCAAUGGCUGACCAACAUUCCAGUCCAGAUGUCCCACCCCAGAGAAGAGGAGGGAGAGAGGCUGGGGUGCUGAAGGUUGGUCCAGGUCCCCCUCACUCCUUCCCUCCCCCAGCCAAAGUUGUCUGGCAAGACAGCCACUGUCUGCUCUAUGCCCAGCACCAGGCAGAGAUUAAGGAGAGGCAGCAGAAAUACCGGUGGAGUGAGUUUCUCCUGGGGAUACCCCACUGCCUGGAUGCUGAAAACCUCAAGGAGCUUGAUCCCAACCUGCGUUACUCAAUCACCAAAGAAAUCAACUAGAACGUGAGCCCACCUGCCCUGCCCGACACCUCCCUCGCUGCACCCCCAUUUCCCUCCCAGGCUCUCCCACUCAUCAUAGGAACAUCGCCUUGAAGCUGAAGGGACUGCUGGACAGCCAGCGGCCCUGGAGGAGCCUGGAUGAGAUCCACCGCACCUUCAUCUUCUCCAAAUCACCCGUGUCAGGUCUGGGUAUGAGGGAGACCAGGUGGCUGCGGCAGGGCCAGAGGGUCUGCAGGGGUCACCUUAGAGGACUGAGAACCCGAGAGCUAGACUGAGAACAUUCUGGAAAUCACAGAGCUCAUCCUGCACUGCUGCCCAUUCCCUCCCCUGUCCUUCACAGAGCCUCAUUUGUGCCCUGAGAAGGCAUGCUUUUUGUCACCUGGGGGGAGGUUGGUCUCUGUGUAGGAGGAACAGGUGGUAGGGGCUGAGGGACCCAGAGAGGAUGCUCGUCCCAAAUGUCCCCUCUCAGGAUAGACUAAGGCCCACUCUUCGAGGAGUCAUCCUCACCCAUCAGGGCUUCAGCAAGAAUGGCCAGGAAGUAAGUUCUAGGAACUCCGCUUCUUUGUCAAGGCAAGUUCAAACACCUCCCAGCAAAGCGCUCUAUCUUUGCCGUCUCCGAAAGUCUACAGCCUCUCUCCUGUGGCUGAAUUGCGGUCUGUUUGCUGGUCAUCCUCCUCCCCUGACUUCAUAACUACAUCUUCAAACUGUUCCCAACACUGAGUUGUUCUGACAACUGGAAACACCUGUCCUAUGUAUAUCCUCAGAAAUCAGAUAGAUUUUUUCCUCCCAGCAGUGCUGCCUACUUGGCUGGGGCCUUGUGUCUUGCAUGCAGGCUUGAAAAUCAAACUAAGUUGAAGGAUUCAGGCACUUCCACUCUCCAAUAUCCUUGUCCCCCAGGGCUGCACUGUGGGUCCAAACCAUACAUGUUGUACCUCGGUUCCAAAAACACUAGCCACACCCCCGAGGUGAUGAAAACUCUCUUUCUGAGUGAUUGUUCUGGUUUAACUAAGUAUCCAGACUGUCCUGUGGCUAAAAUGCAGGAGAACAGGACAUGGGCCUGGUGAGUUUUAAUUUUAACAGAGAAUUAGAAGGACCCCAAGAGGCCAAGAAGGAUGGGCUCUGCUGGUAUCUGGCAUUCCUCAGUCUUCUGAUUCUCUCAAAUUCUGCCCGAAUCCCAAAUACAGUCAGUGCACAUCACAGAGCACCUGAGGCUUCCCUCAAAGUGGGUGUGGCUAAGGGAAUCGGUGACUCCUCAGGAAGAACCCAGAUUCUGAUCCCUUGUUUUCUGAGAAACCACUCACUAGUUAAGUCAUCCACCCAGUUGGGGUAGGAAAAGGGGAGCAUCCGAGAGUGACUGUGCGGUGGCAGUGCUGGAGGCUGGGGACUUGUGUCCUUGGGCACCAGGGUGACCCUCUCCACACCCACCCCCUGCAGAGUACAUGUUUGAACUUUGGCAAGAGAAUACCUUCUUUGCCUACCAGUUUCUGAACGGCCUCAACCCAGUUCUGAUCCAGUGCUGUCACUGCCUCCCAAAGAACUUCCCUGUCACUGAUGCCAUGGUGGCACCUGUGCUGGGCCCCUGGACCAGUCUGCAGGCUGAGCUGGAGCUCACUCAGACCCCUGGCCCUGGCAGCCCCAUCUUGCUGCCCUGUGAUGCGGCUGAGGACUGGCUCCUGGCCAAGACCUUGGUGCAAUAUUCAGGAUUCCUGGUGCACAAGAUUGUCAUGCAUCUGCUCCGAGCCCACUUUGUGAUGGAAGCCUUUUCUCUGUCCAUGCUGUGGCAGCUGCCCAUGUGCCACCCCAUCUUCAAGCUAGGGAGGACCAGUCCUCUCAGUGCCAGGAGCCAUGGGGGACCUGGAGCUGCCUCAUCUAACGUGGGACUCUGGUUCUCCCCAGCUGCUCAUUCCUCAUUUCCGCUACACCUUCCACAUCAACAUCCAAGCCCGCACUGGGCUCUUUGCAGCAGGAAAGCUCGUCCACCAGGCAACAUCACUGGGACAGGUGGGCUGCGUGGAGCUGCUGGCCAAAGGGCUGAAGGCUGUCACCUACCGCUCCCUCUGCCUGCCCCACCACCUGGCUGAUUGAGAGGUUCAGGACCUUGUCCACUACUACGACCGAGAUGAUACACUCUGGAUCUGGGUGGCCAUAGAGAGCUUGGUGUCCAACAUUGUUGACAUCGACUACCCGGACGACAGUGCAGUGAGCAAGGACUUGGAGCUGCAGGCCUCAGUCGGGGAGAUCUUCCAGGAGGGAUUGCUAAGCCAUGUGAGCUCAGAUGAGCAUCCCUGUCUGCCGGCCUCGAGACCCCACUUCUCUGGGGCAGCAGGUCUUGGGUUUCAGCUCUGUUCCUUCCAUCUGCCUCCAUCCAGAGGUCCCUUCCGCCCUGGACAGCUGCACUGGCCUCAUUGAGUAUCUCACUAUGAUCGUCUUCAACUGCUCAGCCCAACAUGCUACCACCAACAGUGGCCAGAUGAGGGUGUGCCAGACUCGGUGGGGAUAAGUGGACAUAGCAGGAAUACUGGCAUUCCUGUGCUUACUGAGUUUGGGGGGUCAGUUUGAUUUCAGUGCCUGGAUGCCCAAUAUUCCCCACCACCACGCAGCUCCACCUGCCUACCGCCAAAGGCCAGACAAACCUGGUGGCCUCACUUCCUGAGGUGGAUGCCACGUGCCACACCCUUGUGCACCUCUGGGGUAUCAGCGACAACACCAAGGACACUGUAAACAAGGCCUAGGGUGGGGAUGGGAGUCGGCUUCUCAGAUUCCAGGAGAGUGGGUGGGGUGAUGAAGUGGAUCACUUGGAAGGUGCACUUAGCAGGUUGGGCUCCUCCGUGGGCAGGGCCUGGAGUGACAUGUUGCUGGGGGUGUGGUUUAGGAUAGCAUGGGUUCCUAGUAGGUGGAGCUUAGAGUGGUUAGGGUUUCAAAGGGAUCAUGACUUGGGUGGUCUAGGUUUAGGGUGCUCUUUUGGCUACGAGGAUGGGUGAUUUAUGUCUCAAGUUGGAUGAGUCUUGGAUGGUCUGAGUUCCUAGGUGGACGGGGCUUGGGUGGUGGUCUAUGUUCUCUGGUGAAUUUUCUGGUGGUCGGAGGUCCUCAGUGGUCUGGAUCCCUAGGUAGGAGGACUUAAAAUGGAUCAGAACCGCGGACCGGGACAUCGCGGGGCGGGGGUCCCAGCCUUGUCUCCUUUGAUCCCCAACUGCACCUGGGCACCUACUGAGCACUUCACAGAGGACUCCCCGCGCAGGAGCAUCGCCUCCUUCUAGAGCCGCCUGGCCAAGAUCUCACGCGACAUCCGGGAGCGGAACCGGGGCCUGGAGCUGCCCUACGCGUGGUCCUGGACCCCACGGUGGGGAACAGCAUCGCCACAUGAGCGCAUGGCGCGCCCCAGCCCCAGCGCGCAGCCCGCGGCGCCAGCCCUGCCGCCUAUGCCCCGACUAAACGUCCACGUGCACUGACAGA